UAGCGGGUGCAUGCGCACUACUGGCCCGCGGGGGGCAGUUGGAGGUUUUACGGAGCUGCGACUGCAGCACUGAGCUGAGUUGUGGAGGGCGGGCUGUUGAUCGGUUGGUUCUGGUUCUCGAGCCAUGGGUGACCCUUUGUCUGAAUCUGAGUUUGCGGCCUUCGCUUUCAGUGCUGGUUAUAAAUCCUGCUGUGAAUUGGGUCAUGGAGUAUUUGUGCAACGUUCUCCACAUAAACCUAAAACUGAUGUUGACCCCUGUGAAGUGUGGUGCCGUCAGCCGGUUGACAAACUAAGAGAAUAUUGCAACGUUAUUAAAAUAUGCAUCUUUUGGCCUCUUCUCUUCCAAAGUGAAAGUAAUUAUUUGGUAGCUGACUGGGGCAGUUUACAGAUUUUAGACUGGAAUUGGAAGAAACUCUGUGAUUUAGAGCUUGUGGAAGACCUUGUUGAUUUGACUAAAAAAGUGGUUAAUGUUCCACAUUUUAUUGGGGGCAUACUGAGAAUUGGCAGCAGGCUAGAAAAUGGUUUCUUCGAUGUUAGGGAUGCACUUGAUUGGAUCAGAUGUGCAGGUGAUAUCAAUGUUCUGCAGAAGCUGGAGGAACUUGGUGAUUUUGGUUGGCUCUAUCUUGAAACUUUCUUUGGUGAAUGCAAACAUUAUAUUACUAAAGUUGCUUUGGAAGAUUGUAAUUUAGUUGAAGAAUUUAAAGCUGUCACCUGUGAAAACUGUAGGAAGAAGAGUGAAUCUAUGAAACAGAAGGGAAAUGAGGAGUUCUCCCAAGGAAAAUUUGAUCAUGCUAUAAUAUCAUAUACUAAAGCCAUAGAGUUUUGUCCUACAAACCAUCUUCUGUAUGGAAACCGAGCUCUUUGUUUAAUUCUCACGAAGCAGUACCAGAAAGCCCUUGCUGAUGGAAAAAGGGCCACUAUUUUGAAGCCUAAUUGGCCAAAGGGUCAUUAUCACUUCUGUAAGGCACUGUCAUUACUGGGGGAGCAUGAGCUGGCUUUAGAAGCUAAUGAGAGAGCUCAGGAACUGUGCAAGAAUAUUCUUGAUGGACUUAAGGAUCUUAUUCAACAAAAUGACAAGUUAAAGAAGACAUUAGAAGAAAUCAAAGGUACUAAAGAAUAUAAGCAGAAACCAAAGGAUUUUCUUCUUGAGAAAAAGGACAGCAGUUCUUCAGGAUCUCAUUUGAUCAUUUCUCAAGAGCACAAAGAAAUAGAGAAGGACAGAAAAGAAAUGCAGUUCGAUAAUGAAGGUGACCAUUAUCAUCAAAAACAUGAUACCACCAUAAGAUAUACUACAGAUGGAAUUCCAAGACUAUCAGUGACCAACAUGCCCAGGACAGAAAACAAAGUGUGUUCUCUGGACUUUCCACCAAGACAAAGUCACCAAUACAAAGCAAGGUCGAAGAACAAACCUGGUGAACCUGAGAAGAAACAGGAUCACCUUGAUUUGAAGAUAGAGUCUAAAACCAUCCAAGAUAAACUCUUCUGUACUGUGCACCAGGUGGAUUCAACUAUGUUGCUUGAAGUGGUUAAAUCCCUCAUUCAUGAUGGUUAUACAGCCUUGAUGGACCAGAGGUGUCACAGUGCUGAACAGAUGUUCUCACAAUUGUUGAAUAUUAUUGAUCCUUCAGAAUUAAAGCAAUUGAAUCUUCGUAUUAUUAAUUAUGUUGUAAUCAUCUAUGGACAUGCCACUUCUCUUCUUGGAAUAGGACAGCCCGAGGCAUUGAUGAAGGCUGAAGACCAGUUUAAAAGAAUAAUUGUACAUUACCAGGAAGAAAGAUUUGAUUGUCUGGCAUACUAUGGAAUUGGAAAAGUAUACCUCAGACAAAACCGAUUUUCAGAUGCGCUCAAUCAGUUUAUGAAAUCACAAACCAUGAUUAAUCGUAAGAUUGUACCUGGAGUAUUAACUUGGCCCACGACAUCUCAGGUGAUUGAAGAAACACGAACAGAGAAUUUACAGUUGUUCUUAAAGAAUUGCAUUGAGGAAUGCAAGUUCCCUCCAGAACCAGAUGCAGUUUGUCGCUAUCAGCAUUGCCGUGGCAACUCCAAAAUCCAAAUAUUUUUUACAGAUCCAGACUUCAAGGGUUUUAUACGUAUUACUUGUUGCCAGCGGUGUAGAGUGGAGUUUCAUACCAGCUGUUGGAAGAAGUUGAAAACUGCAAACUACAGUGAUAAGAAUGACAAGGAUUUUCUUCAAGAAUUAUGUUUCACUCCUGACUGUACAGGCCUUAUUUCAAAAAUAGUUAUUUUCAGUUCUUCUGGUUUGGUGAAAUGUGAAUUUGAACAAAAGAUCACUAAACCCAAGGAACUACCAAGAGCCAUCAUUAAACAGAAAUGUUCAAGUUUCAGGAAGUUAAAAAGGAAAGAAGAAAAAAAAAUACGAAGAAAACGUGCACGGGAAGAUGCACUGAAUUCUUCUAAACAGAAAAUAGAAGAAAAUCAGAUGCGAAAUGAACAGCCUCAGUACCGUAAUCGCAGUGACUAUGCAGGUUAUGCUGGUGAUCAAGUCCUGCAGCGUAUCAUUCAAAAUGCAGAGCAGAUAAAAACAGCUGUUCGUGAUGCCUCCAAACUGUUAAAGGAAUUACUUUCCUGGUUUGUAAUCAGUGAAGAGGCUUACGCAUCAUAUUGCAAAACUAGCAGCAAGUCACAUGUUGUGGUGGAACAGCUCAUCAGUUACUUGAUUCAGGAAGAAAACAGAGUGAAAACAAGGGGUUUUAUCCGUGUCCUGAGUGAGCUGGAGGAAGUGGAUCCCAAAUUACAGAGGUGGAUGAAACACCUUAAUGAUUUGGGGUUUACAGCUACAGUGAACUUUAUCCUUCAGUAUGGACAGUUUUUAAAACAACUUGACUUUUCUAUUUUAUCUGCACUCUGGAAUGAGAAGUAUGGUAGUAAAUUUGACUAUGUGUCAAAUAGUUCUGAAAGCAAAGAAAUUCUUGACUAUUUUUUAAAACCACCUCUAGAAAAAGUUCGUUGUUUUAUAUGGCUAUUAGAAGACAACAGAGAAAAUUUUCCAUCUCUUCAUCAAGCUUUAGAUGAAUUCUUUAAUAAAACAGACAACCCUACCAUCAUAUUAAAGAAGCAGGGAAAUGAAGAUAUAUUGACAAAUGGUAUCAAAGGUAAAAACAAAAGCAGAAAGAAGAACUAUAAGGACUCACGGUCUGUUUUAGUAUUAUCCAGUGGAGUUAGUACAGCACCACAAGAAGAAAAUACGUUUAUGGAAGAAAAUGCAUUAGGUUUUACAUAUUAUGAACCAUGUAUAAUCCCAGAAUAUCUUCGGGGGGAACUGGAGGAAUUUGAAGCUGUAUAUGACAUUUCAAACAGUAACAACUGUCAGAGACUGGAUGCUAAUCUAAAUCUAACCUGUGAAAGUUUAUAUGGCUAUUUCUCUCAGAUAUUGGAAGAGCAUGGCCCGAUGGAAUUAAAUAAUAAGUUGCUAGUUGGGGAAUAUGAACAUUUCCCUGAAGAAGCUCGAAAGAUUGUAGAAGAUGAGGGUGGUUUGAAAUCUUUUCUUCUGAAAUCCCAUCGUUUCGUUAUGGUGGAUGAUUUUAUUAGCUUAAGGCAUGAUAUUCUUAUUAAAGAAAAUAAAAACAGAGAUGAGACUGAAAAUGAUGAAGAAGGAAAUUAUAUCGUCUGUGAUGCGCAAGAAAAUUCUUUCCAGAACAAGAUACAGUUAAAUCCAGCUGCUGAGGAAUUCAAACCACUGUCUUAUCCUGAGCAACCUCAUAUAUCAGCAUCUACUGACAUACCAUUAGAAAGCUGUGAGACUCCACAAUAUUUGCCCUAUUCUUUGCCUACUUCGUGGCAAUCAGUGCUUAGUCAGGAUAUUGAUCCUGUUGAAAAUAUGCCUUAUUUUUCAAAAGUUUUAUUUUAUCGAGACUUUCAGAAUCAAAGCAGACUUUUGCCACAGACUUCCUGGGGUUAUCAGUGUGAAAGAACAUCGCCAGUGACUUCUCCAGUGCCUCUCCUGUCAAAUGUUGCCAAGCAACCUGGGUAUAUUUAUGCUGAUGGUGUUACUCAUCAGGAUAAUGAUGAAUUAGCAACUUCAGACAGAAAAUAUGUCAGCAGCAGCUUUAUACCAGCUGAAAUAGAAACAUUCAGAGACCCUCCGUGCCUGGUGGAAAACUCCGAUAGCACAUUUUAUGAAGACAGUUUUGCUGUUGCAAAUAGUACAAAUGAAACUGAACGUGAUAUACAGGUGAUUAAGAAGGAAAAAGAAAGCAGAGGUAUACCUGUAAUGAAAAACAGCCCACAUACAAGGAUGGUAGCUGUUCAGGUGAAUAAUGAAGUAACUGAUAGGGAAACUAAUACUUUGCCUUUUCAUCCAUUUGAGAAGCAACAAGGAGAUAUUCUGCGUAUGGAAAAAGAGCAUCAAGUAUUAAAAGAACAACUUAAAGAAGCACAGGAAAAAUACGAACAAUUACAAAACCGGAGCUCAGAAGAAAUCAGUGUUUUAGAAGAGCUGAUAAAGAAGACUGUUCAAGAGAGAGGGAUAUUUAAGAAAGAAGUGGAGUGGCUUCAUCAAGCUUUAGAAAUGAAAGUAAAAAAAUGGCAACAGGAGAAAAAGGAAAGUCAAGAGAACUUAAAAGCAAUGAGGAACACAGCCAAAAAGCAUGUGGAUACCAAUGAUAGGUAUUCAAAGACCAUUGAUGAGAAGGAGAAGCAGUAUAACACAUGUUUGAAUACAUAUCUUGAGACCAGUAAUAAAUUUGCUAAUAAGAAAGUAAAACUGGAAGAACUUAUUAAGAAGAGUCAAGAUGACCUCAAGGAGCAUGAGAAAAGAGCUGUUAAAGCAGAGGUAUCAGUACUCAAAAACUGGAAAGAAAGUGAAUUAUACAAACUGAAUGGCAUAGUUUCCAAAGCAGAAGCAAAUCUCAAGAUGUUGAAGUCACUAAGCAGCAGCUCAGCUUCAUCACUUCCUGACUUAAAGUCACAGAUUAAUUAUUGGGAAGUAUUUAUUUCAAAUAUAAAGAAACAAAUGGAGAAAGUAAAGGUUGGGUAUGAAGAAAAAAUUGAGAAGGUGAAAAAUGGUGUUCGAAACUGCCUCACCAAAAUAGAAACUGCGGAUCUUUCAUCUCUUCCCAGUGUCUUAAGAAAGCAAAGCAAACCUGCUGUCAGUGAUCCAGACCUUGUCCCGUACUCUUCUGCAUCUGCACACUCUAAUUUACUUCCUGCAGUUUCAAGCUCUGAAGAUCAAGGUCCAACAACUGCUUCACUUAAUACCCAGGCUGGAGUGAAGCCUGCAAAUGCAAAUUCUAAGUUUUCAGGAAUCAAUACUCAGAACAUACAGCCAAACCAAACCCACCAAGACGAUUCAGCUACACAGAUGAAGCCCUCUUCAAACAACACAUUUGAAAAUAUUAUUGCUCAUCUACAAACUAUAUUUCCGGGCUACAGCAGUUCAGAGUUUACGAGGUUCAUAAAAGAUGUACAAAGAAGAAGUGGAAAUACAUUAAGUUUGAGCUCCACUGAAAUUCUAAGCAGAGUGACAGAUCUCAUUCUGGACCAGCAAAAUGAGGCAUCAACUUCUGUAGGGAGACCUCUGAAGUCAACAUCAUCUGCUUCUGCAGGACAGACGGGAACUCAGAGUCAAGUAGCAGCUGCAGAAGGAAAUGUUUCCAGUGCACCCCAAGCAAGGCCUGCACACAAAAGCACCUCAAGUAAAAACAUGCUGCCAUCUCAGCCAAAUCUCCAGCCGUGGGGGAAUGCUGGAACAACACCAAAAGCUAAAUGGAAAAAACUAGACUAUAUACCUUCCAGUGAUGAUCCAUGCAUCAUAUGCCAUGAUGAGUUAAGCAGAGACUCAUGUGAACUGGAAUGUGGGCAUCAUUUUCACAGAGAAUGCAUUAGAAAAUGGCUUAAGGAACAUUCGAGUACCUGCCCUAUCUGUCGCAUCCACGUUCUGUUACCUGAAGACUUUCCUGAGCUCCCUGCACGCAACAAACAUGCCUAAACCUUGUUUUGUGACACUCAGUAAGAUGUGGAGUGGCUGCAGAUAAAUAACCAUCCCAACAUGGCAUGGAGACAUGAUGCCUAAGAAGAGAUGGAACCCUGGUUUUAGUGGAAAUGAUAGCAGAAUUUGUUCUAAUGCAGUAUUUAACACUGAGCUGUAAGACAAGUAUUGCUGUGGCACUUACUGGAUGAAGACAGCGUACUCCUUAAAUCAGUGCUUCUCCUGGUUGCUGCCUUCAGCGUGUGUACCUCAUGUAGUUCUGAGGCCAGGACCAUGCUGGUUGGGUUCUUGCUUAGGGGAGUUUCAGUCCUUAAUUUAUUUUUCUCAAAGGCUGCUUCUGUAUGUGCACAGUACCUCUAAAAAGGGGUUUUCUUUAGAGCUGAUACUACACUGAAAAUAAAUAAAGGUGGGCCGAACAGUAGAUUGGCAGAAUUUGGAAUAACCAAGCCAUCACCUUCCCUGUAUAAACAAUUGCAGGAUUCCAAUUGAGUUUCUUUAGAUCAUUAUGAAUAUCAUUUGUGUAAUUGCAAGUCUUUUCUCCAUGUAAAUCUGGAACUGAUAAUUCAAAUUGUUUAAAUGAUAACUCUUAGCUAUACUUUGAAGCACUAAAUAUUCUCUAAGUAUUCUUCUGUUCAUACAUCGAUUUUAGAAUACUGUGAUUCAAUUCUGUAAUGUAAAAAUACCUUAAAUUUCUCUCCUUGAUGAGCUGAUUUGUUUAAAUUGGCACUAAAGGAUUUUUAUUCUUGGUGAAGCAAUAUAAUGCAGUUGUGUUCUGUGCACAAAUGUCAGUUUAUCAGCAGUGUGAGGUACAUGGUACAACCAGCUGAAGGAGUGGCUGUCCUACUGCUUGAGAAGUCUGAGUGUGCCUUGAGUGCCUUCUGCCUUGUAAAAUUUGUUUCAGACAGCCAGAGAUCCAGGUAUGCCGCAUGGUGUAAACACCCUCAGAAUGUGCUGAGUCUGACCAUUGUUUGGGCACAAGCAGUGUUCAACUAUUUCAGGUUAUGGCUUAACGGAUCAUUUGUUUCUCCACGUCAGUAAGUAUACAGUUGAAGUUUCAAAGCAUCCUUUGAUAAGUCAGUAUGUUCAGUGGAACUUGGGUCAAAAAUAAAAUUACUUCUGUAGCCUC